AUGAAGAAACAAGUUUUCACAACCAAUUGUUUCGCACUAAUACUCACAAUAUUGUGCUUAACAACUGCAUCUCUUGUUAAAGGAGAUGAUAUUAAUUGGUCAACUCUAACAUCCGAUCAACUCUAUCGAUUGGAUUCUCAAGUAUUUAAAACCAUUACUGCAGAACAACUUUCUCAAAUUCCCAGCAAUGCAUGCUCUGGAUUCAAAGCAGAUCAAAUUGCGAAUUUAAACCCAACUGCUUGUUCAGGAUUCAAGUCAAAUCAAUUGAAUUCAUUGCUAGUUAAUUAUCCUACAAGAAUUUCAAGUGCAUUUACUGCCAAUUGUUUUGUUAACAUUUUACCACAAAGUUUAAGUUCUGUUUCAAGUGAUUUCGUAGCAAAUAUUAAUGGAUUAGUAUUCAAUUCAAUGACUUUUGAUCAAGUUCAAGCAUUACCUGGAAAAUCCUUUGCAAAAAUUACUUCAUCAUUGUUACAAGCACUUAAUUCUCAACCAGUUUGUUCUGCAUUGACAGCCAAUCAAUUAUCCAACUUGGAUAGUAGUUAUCCAAUGAAUUCAUGUAGUGGUUUUGUUGGUUCCUGUAUUUCUUACAUGAAUUCAACUGCAUUUAGUGGAAUUGGUUUGGAUUGUUUAAAGAAAUUAUCUGAUUCUGCAUUGAAUUCACUUUCAGCUGAUCAAUUCUCUCAAAUUCCAUCUUCAUCAUUUGGAGGUUUCUCUCAAGAUAAUCUUCAAAAAGUAUCACCUGCUGCUUGUGCUGGUUUUACAUCCCUUCAAAUGUCAAAUCUUGUUAACUCAUAUCCUAGUUAUGCUUGUUCUGGAUUUGUGGGUGAUUGUAUUUCAAAUAUUCCAUUUUCUGCAUUUACUGGUAUGAAACCUGAAUGUGUUAAAAGACUUGUAAAAUCUGCUAUGAAAUCCUUUUCAAGUGAUCAAGUAGCUCAAAUUCCACCAACAUCAUUUUCAGGAUUUUCAUCAGAUAAUUUACAAUAUCUAUCAACAAGUGGAUGUGCUGGAAUUACUGCAAAUCAAAUGUUUAAUUUAGAUAAUUCAUAUCCUUCCUAUGCUUGUAGUGGAUUUUCAUCAGAUUGUUUGGGUGCAAUUCCUGCCAAUGCCUUUACACAAAUUCCAUCAGCAUGUGUUUCUAAAUUGAGUGAUACUUCUUUCAGUAGUUUAACUCAAGAUCAAAUGUAUCAAUUCGAUCCAAAUUCAUUUUCAGGUUUCACUUCAUCUAAUAUUGCUGGAUUAUCAGAUUCAUCAUGUAAGGGAAUUAGAGGAUCACAAAUUUCAAAACUUGUCAAUGAUUAUCCAAAUUAUGCUUGUCAAGGUAUUACUCCAUCCUGCAUUUCAAAUAUUCCAAAAGAUACAUUCAAGUCAAUUACUGCUUCAUGUAUUGCAAAGUUGCUUUUCAAAACCACUCAAAAAAUUUCAGCAGAUCAAUUGAGUAACAUUGAUCCAAAAUCAAUUUCUGGAUUCACAAGUGAUAAUAUGAAUGGAUUAACAGAUUCAUGUGCUGGUUUUUCAGCAACUCAAUUACCAAAUUUAGAUACUACCUAUCCAAAAUAUGCUUGUAAGGGAAUUAAUUCACAAUGUGUAUCUGCAAUUCCAUCAAAUUCUUAUUCUGGAUUUUUGGGAGCAUGUAUUUCACAAAUUAGUGCAAAUGCCAUUUCAGUUAUUACAAAAGAUCAACUCUCACAAAUAUCCCAAAAUGGAAUUGCUGGAUUAACAUCAGAUCAAUUAGAAACAUUUUUAUCUGACACUUGUUCUGGAUUUUCCAGUCAACAAAUUUCCAGAUUAUCAACUAGUUAUCCUCAAUAUACAUGCAGAGGAUUCACAUUCAAAUGUCUCAAUGGUUUGAAAUUGAAUGCAAUUCCAAGUUUCACUUCAACUUGUUUCGCUCAAAUUCCAGCCAAUUCAGUUCAAGGAUUUUCACCAAAUGCAAUUCCAAUUUUCUCACCAGAAUCAUUGAGUGGUUUAACAACUGAUCAAUUGAGAGAAUUUUACAAGUUCUUUGGUUUGAAUCAAUUUGUUAAUGUUCUCUCUCAAAAACAAGUUGCACAAGUUUCAUCUUCUACUAUCUGGUCAUUUAAGGAUGAAUUGGAAAGAAACUUACUUUUUAGGAAUAGAGAGGCAAGAAGUGAUGAAUUGGAUACUUUAACUUGGUUGCAAUUGAGUGUUUCAAGUGAUGAAUCUGUUAGAAAGGCAUUAUCAACAUCACUUUCAACUGUACUGCCAAAAACCUUCAGUGGUUUAUUGAACUAUUCUCAAAUAUUCGAAAAUGAUUUUUAUACGAAACUAACUGUUUCUCAAUUAGAUUAUUUACUUUAUGAUACAAUUUCAAGUAUUACAUUAGAACAAAUUGAAAUUAUUCCUGAUGUAGUAUUUGAAUCUCCUCACUCAUUCUUCAGAUUUUUUAAAUAUAUUAAUAAUAAUGCUAUUAAGGGAGUUACAAAACCUCAAUUUACCAAAUUAGUAGCCAAUACUGCCAAUGGACUAGAUAAGUUAAUGACUUGCCAACAAUUUAAUUCCCUAACUCAGGAACAAUAUAAUUUCCUUAGUACAUUUGAUUCCUAUUCAAGAAUUUACAAUACUUGUUACAAACCAAAUCCACAAUCAUCGAUAAUUAAUCCUCCGACACCAAUUAUUUCCACAAAUCCACCAGUGCCACCAAAACCAUACACUUCUAAUAAGAGAAAUAAUUCAGCAAAUGGAAAUUCCUUUUCAGUGAUCAAGUUUAUUCUAUCCAUGUUAUUAUUGUUCCUUAUUCAAUAUUAA